AGUUAUUUUCAGAACGAAUCGCCUUAUAAUUUUCAAGUAUCUCUACAACAUAUGCUAAAUUCGAAGCAAACAUAAUGUAUAAAUAUGAAGAUUCAACUGAAAUAAACUGCCCCAAAUGUUUCCAAAAAUUGGCAGAAAAGCUUACAGAAAUGGCAGAUCUCACAAAGCUUGUGAGAACAUUGUCUCCAGAGAUUUCGGGAAGUACGACAAUUUCUUCUUUGGCUACGACGACCACGAGCUCAGUAAGCCCAAACUGCGACUACGUUACUCAGAAGAAGUACAUCCGCAAUCGCCGCUUGGUUACACGAACUGAUGUGCGAAGUCGCAUGAGUGUUUGGGUUCGUCUCUUUGCCUGGUGCCGUGGUGGGAACAAAGCUCAAGAAGAAAACGGAACAAUUUUUACAAUGCGAUCUUAAGUCAGCAAACUAAGUAAUGUUUGAUCGGACCUGAUUCUCUCAUUGUUUUGUAUCUUCGUACUACUUUUGAAUUAUCAAUCUAUUUUUGUCUAGUAAGUAUCAUGAAGCUUAACAUUUCAACUUU